AUGAGUUUCUUGAUUGAAAAGUCUCAAGAAUUGGCUAACAAAAAGUUGUGGGAAGCUUUCAACGCCCUUUUGGCCGUUUUGAUUUAUGGGAUCGUGAUGUUCCCUAACAUUCACAAGUUCGUUGAUCUGGCCGCUAUAUGUCUUUUCGUGGAUAAGAAUCCGAUCCCUACUUUGCUAGCCGAUACGUACUAUUCCAUUCACUCUCGAUAUGGGAAAGGAGGAGCCAUAAGAAAUUGUUUGCCGUUGUUAUACACCUGGUUUAAGUCCCACCUACCUACAAGUGGUCCUUUCAUUACUUCUACUCAGAAAUGGCCUCAAAGGAUCAUGGGGCUUACCGGAAAUGACAUGGUCUGGUGUCCCACUGGAAUGGACGUGGAGAAAGUUAUAACUAGCUGUGACAAGCCUUUGGACAAAGAGAUAUUCGAAUCCGUUUGCUUUGAAAAGGGAACCGAUCCAAAGGGUCUAGAAAAGGUGAGGAGUGCUUGGAAUAGCAUCCAUACAAAUGAUCAGAUUUCUCUAGGUGAAAAGAAUGCCGUUGCCAAACAAGCCUACACAGAUUGGGUUGAAAAUAGAGUUAGAGAUCGCCUGUUGCCUUUCCCGAAGGUUAACCCAUUGUACGAGCAACCACCUAAGAUUCCAAUUGCCACUAUGCCUGCUGAGAAUCGUAUCCAGGUAGAUAUGGAAUGCACCCAAUUGCACGAAAAGAAGUCAGAUGCGCAACCGAAACAUUGUCUUGUGGACCAGAAAAGAGUUGAGUUGACACAUGAAGCCAAAAUGCCGAAGGGAGGAUCUUCCAGAGUUCAAAAGAGGGCUAGAACGUAA